AUGAACCUGAUGGACAAAAAGAAGUACGUUGUGCAUUACCCCAACCUGCAGUUCUAUGUGCGCCACGGCUUACGCGUCAAAAGGAUCCGGCGCGUGUUGAAGUUCACGCAGGAACCCUGGAUGCAGCCCUACAUCGACUUCAACACUCAGAAGCGCACAGCAGCGAAAAACGACUUGGAAAAGAAUCUGUUCAAACUAAUGAAUAACUCCGUCUUUGGUAAGACGAUGGAGAACAUCCGCAAGCGUGUUAGCAUCAAGAUUGCAGGAACUCGCGAAGAAGCGGAGGCGUACGUGUCGCAGCCAGGGUUCGUGCGCUACGUAGAAAUGCUGAACUUCUACGUAAUUCACAUGAAAAGGGCGAACCUCUUCCUGAACAAGCCCGUCUACACAGGCUUUACGGUGCUGGACCUAUCGAAGCUGCUUAUGUACGAGUUCUACUACGACAAGCUAAAGCCUAAGUACGGAGACCGCUGCCACCUUCUGUACACGGACACCGACUCUUUGAUCCUCGAAGUGCAGACGGAGGACGUUUACCAGUACUGCCUUGAGGACCUCGAUGAGUACGACACCAGUGCAUACCCACGCGAGCACUUCCUUUACUCCGCAAAGAAUAAGAAGGUAAUAGGGAAGAUGAAGGACGAAAUGUCCGGCAGGCCCAUAAUGGAGUACGUGGGCCUAAAGCCAAAGAUGUACAGCGUACUGAAGUUAGACGGCGCGGAAAAGAAAGCCAAAGGCGUAAAAAAGUACGUGGUUAAGAAGGACAUUACCCACGAGUCUUACUUAAACGUGCUACGUACGCGCAAGGAGCAGCGGCAUAAGAUGAACAGCCUGCGCAGCUACGGCCAUCAAAUACACAACGUUACGCGGGAGAAGGUGUCACUGUCCGCAUUUGAUG